AUGACGUCAACCUUCAAAGAGUUUCUACUUACGAUUAAGACAUGUACAUUGGAUGUUGCUUUACUUAGUGAAACAUGGUUGCGAGAUCAAAAGGAACUGCUUGACUACGUGUCAAUAGAUAGGUAUGCUACAGAAUUUCGCCAUCGUGUGGCCACAAAAAGUGGGGGAGUGGGUGCCUACAUAAAAAAAAAAACGUUGCCUAUAGACGGUGCUUUGACAUCGAAAAAACUCAGCCGGACCUGGAGCACUUAUGGCUGGAGCUCUAA